GACCAACCUAGAUCAAAUUGGACCAACUUGGAUUAACUUGAACCAACCUUUUUCUCUUAAAUGUCAAUAACUCGAAAGCAUGCUUUAUGUAUUUUUUUAACAAAGAAUUUACGAAUGAAAACUCUGAAAAACUCAAAGAAGACCUUGAAAAACUUUGUGAUUUAGAGAUUUGCUAUACCGAUGACCCCAAUGAGCCCAUGCUCCAAACUAAGCUAAAAGUAAAUGGUUUUCCAUCCUACUACCAUCGAUACAAAGAUGACCUCCCAAAAUCAACCAAUCUUCAAGAACAAACUACUAUAAAUAACCAGAGACAACUUAUCCAAUACCUGAACAAAGUAUAUCGACCUGGCCAGCCGGUGGAUAGUGACAUGUACGAACAAAAGCAAAUAUCAAUGGAGCAGAUUUACUCAGAAACUGUUGUAAUCACUAAUCUAUUUGACGAGAAAACAUCGAGAUCAUUUUCUACAUGGUGCGGCACAGCCAAGUUAGAUCUAAUGCUUGCUGACCAAACCCGCAAAAUUCAAAAAAACGAUGUCUCCAAAACCAAGAUAAGAUACCGCUCCCUUUGGGCUCUGAAAGGCACACAUCGAGGUAUAUUAUGCUAGUUGAUAAAACUGAUACUUCUAUACCUUUGAUUUUCAUGUUUUUUCUUUU